AUGCGUUGCCCCCGGACUCAUAAGCAUUUCGGUUCGGGAAUUUUAGGAUCUUUCGUAUAGUGCGGGUCUUACGGCCAGCGAAAUGGUUGUUACGUGUGAGUUCAGCUUCGAUAAUAACAGACAUGGCACCUUCUACGCCGGGCAGCUUGUGAGCGGCUGCGUAACCCUUAAAUCGGAUAAAAUCAAGGAGGUUCAAGCUGCGCUUGUUAAAGUCGUGGGCUACUCUAUAACCAAAUGGAGCGAAAGACGUCUGGCAACAACAAAACUAUUCGCCGGUCGAGAGGAAUAUCUAGCAUCACAGACAUAUCUCGUAGGCUCGGAGCAAUCCAAUGACAGACACAUUAUACAGGCGGGUGUGCACAACUAUAAUUUUGCCUGCCAGCUGCCGUAUCAGUGUCCCUCAUCGUUUGAGGGUCGCUAUGGCUGCGUGCGCUAUAUAGUCAAGAUAUUGCUGAUCCGGCCCUGGAAAUAUAAUCAGGCCUAUACGCAUGGCAUUACUGUGCUGAAAAUGUUGGAUCUGAACUGUGAAACGCCACAGCUGAGGUUACCAGCGCACAGUGAGAACUACAGGACCUUCUGCUGCGGUCCCUGCAAAACAGCGCCGAUCAAAAUGGAACUGCAUCUGCCUCAGGCGGGCUAUGUGCCCGGCCAGCGUAUACCUGUCACCGUGCUGCUGAUCAACAAUAGCAAUGUUGCCGUCUCUGAGGUGCGUCUCUCGCUGGUCAUGCUGGUCCGUUACUUUAGUGUUACGCCGGAGCACUCUCGCGUGGAUCGCAUUGUGAUUGGCAAGGCCAAAGGUGACUCCGUGCUGCGACGCAGCACGCGUUCCCUGACCCUGGACAUGGUGGUGCCCAGCACGCCGCCAACCUGUCUCGAUGUGUGCAAACUAAUACAAAUUGCCUAUCAGCUAGAGGUGGAGGCGCUGAUUAAGAGCCUGCGGGAACAUCAGAUGAUCACCAUGCCCAUAACCAUAGGCACCUGGCCGCUGGGCAACAGCUCAUCCGCCUCGGAUGUGGUGCAGCAGCAGCCACCCAGGCGCAGCGAACGCUACGAGUCGCCGGCGGAUGAGCUGCCCGUGGUUACAGCGCUGGCAAACCAGCUCAACUCUCCAGAUAUAGGUAAGCUCUUCCAGAACAUCCGCCAAUCAGCAUAUCUUCUGAUAGCAUUACUUCUUUCGAAAGGUCUGCCCACGUUCGAGGAGUCAAAGCACACGCUGCACGGCAACAUUAACGAGGAGGAGCUUUAUGCGUUCGGAGUCAACGAAUUUGCGCCCUUAUAUCCGGUUUACAGCAUUCCAAGUCCUGUACCCGUUCUUUCGGCCAACAGUCGGAAUAUUGGAUUCAUCAACCAAAGUUUUGAAAAGUAAGCUUUGCUGGCACUUGGGUGGGGGCUGUUAAAUAAGCUCGAGAAUUUUGAUUUGCAUAUAAAUAUUUACUAAGAAUUGUUGAAAUAUAUUUGCGUUUGUAGUACAGAUUGAUGCUUGGGGUUGAAAAUUUGCUAACUUAUAUAUCACUUGUAUAGAAAUGUUUCAGCAAAAGUUGACUUACUUUUUGGGUGGAUGAAAAAUUUGACAGCUUGUGUAGAACAGUUUAUGUGGGAAGGUGCAAGUUAAACAGUUAGUAUACAACAGUUUAUAUUAAGAGUAGUUGUUCCCACUAUUUGAAUACCAGUUUUUUUAAAAUAGCUGACAAUGUUGUAAAGGAUAGCAAACUAUUAUAAUUUAACGAAGGAUUGUGAAAAUGCUAGUCUAUGAUUUCAACUGUGUUGUUCACGUAUAAAAGUAUUUUUUUGUAACGCUUGAACUAAGGGUUGUUAUAUGGUUGUAAAACUAGCUUUUGCAAGGAUAAUAAAAGUAGAACAGUUUGAUUUUAGCACAUUAUUUAUAAAUAUAAAAGUAUUAAUGCUCUCGUAUAACAGUCUGUUAUAUCAGUUGAAAUUGUGCGAAUUUAGAUAUAUUUCGCCUGUAUAACAGUUUAUAUAAGAGUAUGAUAAUUUGCGUAUAAGAUUUUGAUUAUAGCAAAGAAAAUAUGCAAUUUUCGAAUUUGUUAUACUGGAAGGGGCACUGCUUGCUCUUCAACGUCUUGUACCAAAACUCGCUGUUAAGCCUGUUAAAUGGAUUCCACAGCUAUGCACUGCUUGGUUAAAAUAAACGAAUUAAAGAAAUA